UCGUUGCAAGUGCUUUUGUUUGUCACUAUCGAUGCAGGCGCUUGGAAAUAAAUCAAAAUAAAACAAAAAUAGGUGGAAAGUAGCUCAAAAAUGUCCUUUCUGCGCGGCUCCGUGAGCUAUGUGUGGUGCACAACCAGUGUGCUGGGAAAAGGGGCCACCGGAUCCGUUUUUCAGGGGGUCAACAAGAUCACCGGCGAAUCGGUGGCGGUAAAGACAUUUAAUCCCUACAGUCACAUGCGACCGGCGGAUGUGCAGAUGCGAGAAUUCGAGGCUCUGAAGAAGGUCAACCACGAGAACAUAGUGAAGCUGCUGGCCAUUGAGGAGGAUCAGGAGGGACGUGGGAAGGUGAUCGUGAUGGAGCUGUGCACCGGGGGAAGUCUGUUCAACAUUUUGGAUGAUCCAGAAAACUCGUACGGACUGCCGGAACACGAGUUCCUGCUGGUGUUGGAGCACCUGUGCGCCGGUAUGAAGCACCUGCGAGAUAACAAGCUGGUGCAUCGCGAUCUCAAGCCUGGAAACAUCAUGAAGUUCAUCUCGGAGGACGGGCAAACCAUCUAUAAACUGACUGACUUUGGUGCCGCCCGUGAACUGGAGGAUAAUCAGCCGUUUGCUUCGCUUUACGGUACGGAGGAGUACCUCCAUCCCGAUCUCUACGAACGUGCUGUUCUGAGAAAGUCCAUCCAGCGAUCCUUUACCGCAAAUGUGGAUCUGUGGUCGAUUGGGGUUACUCUUUACCAUGUUGCAACUGGCAAUCUCCCUUUUAGACCUUUUGGUGGAAGAAAGAACCGAGAGACCAUGCAUCAAAUCACCACCAAGAAGGCUUCCGGGGUGAUUUCUGGCACUCAACUGUCGGAAAACGGACCUAUUGAGUGGUCGACCACCCUGCCACCGCAUGCACAUCUUUCGCAGGGAUUGAAAACAUUGGUGACACCUCUGCUAGCUGGACUGCUGGAGGAGAACAGGGAGAAAACCUGGUCCUUUGAUAGGUUCUUCCACGAGGUAACGCUUAUUCUGCGCAAGCGCGUCAUCCAUGUGUUCUUUACCAAUCGCACCAGUUCGGUGGAAGUAUUUCUUGAGCCCGAUGAGCAGAUUGACAACUUCCGGGAGCGCAUUUUUCUUCAGACUGAAGUGCCGCUGGAGAAGCAAAUCCUACUUUUCAAUAACGAGCAUCUGGAGAAGAAGGUCACUCCACGAACCAUAGCUAAAGCAUUCCCUGUCACAACAACAGAGCAACCCAUAUUUCUCUACAGCAAUGAUGACAACAAUGUCCAGUUGCCACAGCAAUUGGAUCUGCCCAAGUUCCCCGUGUUUCCUCCUAAUGUUUCUGUUGAAAAUGACGCCAGCCUGGCUAAAUCCGCUUGUAGUGUUGGUCAUGAAUGCAAACGACGCGUGGACAUAUUCACCUCCAUGGAUAUACUUAUAAAGAAGGGGGUGGAGCAUUUCAUAGAGAUGCUUAUAACCACAAUUACUCUACUUUUAAAGAAAACUGAGAGUUUUGACAACUUGCUUUCCACUGUGAUUGACUACGCAGAUGUGGUUCAAAGCAUGGCGAGAGUGACAAAGGGAGAUCAGGAGCUAAAAGCCCUGUUGACCGCCUUGGAAAAUGUCAAAAGCGACUUCGAUGGAGCUGCCGAUGUGAUUUCACAAAUGCACAAACAUUUUGUCACAGACGACGAACUCAACGACCAAUGGACAUCCUCUAUGCACGGCAAGAAGUGUCCCUGCAGGACCAGGGCUAGUGCCCAGGCAAAAUAUCUGGUGGAACGGCUGCGUGACUCAUGGCAGCACUUGCUACGAGAUCGUGCCACCCGCACGCUGACUUACAACGAUGAGCAGUUCCAUGCUUUGGAAAAGAUUAAAGUAGAUCACAAUGGCAAGCGCAUUAAAGCCUUGCUUUUGGAAAAUGUGAACCCGACAGUUGCUCAAAUCGCAGAAUGUCUUGCGGAUUGGUACAAGUUGGCCCAGACCGUCUAUCUUAAAACACAAAUUCUGGAAAAAGAUGUGCGAGAUUGCGAGCGCAAAUUGAAUGGCAUACGCGAUGAACUUUAUCACGUGAAAUCCGAACUAAAGCUGGAUGUAGACACAAAGACAAUUAACAACAAUAACCAGCUGGCCAAGAUCGAGGAGCGAAAUCGGUUGAGGGUUAUGCAGCAGCAGCAACAGGAAGUUAUGGCUGUCAUGAGAACUAACAGCGAGAUUAUAAGUUUGCUUAGCAAACUGGGUAUUUCAAACGGAGGUCUUGAAAGUAGUUAGCCUGUCAAAUGGUGAAAGGGAGAGGAUUUUAUUCGCCUUUGCGUACCUUGUAAGCUUUAAAUAAAUGUUUGUAUGAAAUUUAA